AUGUCAUUCUCAAAAAUGUUUUCAGAUUUACCUGAAUUAACAUAUGAAAUUAUAAAAUAUUUUCGGAAUGAUUUUUCAACUUUACAUUCAUGCAUUUUAGUUAACAGAUUAUGGUGUCGUUUAACGAUUCCAUUAUUAUGGGAAAAUCCCUUUUCAAUUCCUACUAGAAAUUAUAAUUUUAUUGAUAUUUAUUUGAAUAAUUUAAAUGAUGAUUUUAAAUCAAAAUUAAAUGAAUAUAAAAUUAAUAAUUCAUUACCUUUAAAUAAUAAUAAUACAUUGUUUAAUUAUCCUAAAUUUUUAAAAUAUUUGAAUACAUAUAACUUUAUUGAUUAUGUUAAUAUGUGGAUUGAUACUAGUACUAUUAAAACUUCAAUACCUAAAAAUAAAAUAUAUUCAAUAUCAGAUUUUAGAAAAUUGAUUGAUAUAUUAUUAUUUAAAACUUUUAUUGAAAAUGAAGUAAAUUUAAAUACUUUAGAAAUUGAUACUUCAAAUAUUUAUUAUAAUUUAUAUUAUGAUAUUAUUCUUGAAUUAAUUUUACAAAAUACAAAUUUUAUUCAUAAUAUUAAAAAUUUGAAACUUCAUAUCGUUAAUUAUAAUGAAAAUGUGAUAAUUAAAAUUUCACAAAUAAUUAAUUUACAUCAAAAUCUUAAGAAAAUUUUUAUAGAAAAUAAUUAUUUACCUUUAUAUAAAUCAUUAUUAUUAUUAAAAGGUUGUAAUUGUUCAAAUACUACCUUAAAUACAAUCAUUUUCUAUCAUAUUAAUUUUAAAGGUAUAAAUAAUUUAGAUAAAGUAUUUAAACAAUUAAAUGUUUUAGAAUCACUUCAUAUCAUUUAUUGUUCUUUAAAUACUGAUUUUACUCAACAAAUUAUUAAUUUAAAUAAAUCAUUUAAAUUAAAAUCUUUAUUUAUAAAUGAGGAAUCACAAAUUGAUGAAUCAUUACUAUUAUUAUUAAAAAAAUCUGGUGAUUAUUUAGAAAAUUUGGGAUUUAGUCCUAGUUAUAAAUUAUCAUUAAUAUUAAAACAACAAUUAUUAGAAUCAUUUAUAAAAUAUAAUAAAAAUAUGAAAUUUCUUGAUUUUUCUAGAUUUGAAAAUCAAUUUAUUUAUUUAACACUCAAUUUAAUUGAAAAUGUUAAACAAAAUCUUAAUUAUCUUGCUAUUAAUGUUUAUGAAAAUUUUCAAUCAUAUAUUAUUGAAUAUAGUUCAAUUAUAUUACAAAAUUUAGGACAAAUCCUUCCUCAUAAAUUAGAAUAUUUAAGUUUGAUUCUUUGUAUCAAAGAAAGUGAUAUGGAAAUAUUCUUGAAAAAUUCACAAAAUAUUUUUAUAAAGAAAUUUUUAAUCAAUUUAAUUCAUAAUAGACUUUAUGAAGAUAGUAAUAUUUUACCUUACGUAAAAGAAUAUAUUAUGAAAAAGAAAAGAGUUAAAUAUUUAGCUAUUAUAGGUACUUUCUCAGAAAAAUAUCCAAGAUAUGGUGAUUUGUCUUAUUUCAAAAAUGAAGUGGAGGAAUUUAAAUUACAUGAUAUUAAAGUUCAGUGCUAUUAUGAUCUACUAUUUAAUAUUCAUGAUUUUGCAAAGAAAAUUAAUUAA